UUCAUUGUUUAUUAUGAAAGAAAAUCUCUGAAGGAAACUAUUACAGAACACCAACAAUAUGAUGUCACUAUGAAGUGAACAGACAUGUACACAAUGAAUUACAAUUAAUCAGAGGUAAAUCUGAGGUUCAACAUUACAGGAAGCUCGUGUUUCUUACACACACUGACAGAUUGUCUUAUCACAAUAGUUCUUUGUAUAAUACUGACCAUUUCUGAAGACUCCCUGUUGUGGCCAAAAAGGGAGAAAAAAAGGCAAGAUUUUGUUUGCACUGUAUCACUCAAUGUGAGAAAAUCCCAUGCAAAAGCGCAUAUAGAAGGAGGACCUCUCACAUGUUGCCAUGUAAAGUAGUACUAAAGUAGAAGUGUAUCUUUACAUUUCAGUAAAAACUGGGCAGGUAACUGGCUCAAAAUAUGUUGUAGAAUUGAAUAAUUGUUUUGGGCCACUUCUGACUGUGGUGCCCCCCUGUGGUGUUGUAUAAGAAAACACUCUGGCAGACAUCAAUUUUCAACUCUCCACCGUGUGAAUGCUCUGAAAGCAACACACAGAUGAUACAACAAACUAAGACAUACAGUAUGUGAUCAGAACCAUUUUAAAGUAAAGUUAUACAUAGUGGUUUUAAAGCUGUUGGUGGUUUGUGUCGAGUGGCUUUGGAGAGAGGCCGGUGGACAAGAGGGUGGGAUCUUAUAUAGCCUGUGUGUGACGUUUUUUUUUUGUUUUUUUUUUUCCCAUUUUACCGAUCCCAGCUUUAAAUCAGAAGAAUGAUGUUGUUCUUUCUUCUCUUUUCCUCAGUGUUAAAAGCUGCGCUCUGUUUCAAUGUUGAUCCUGUGGCCUGGAAGUCCGUCACCAACAAUGCUGCAGGCUUUGGAUACCAGGUGGUGCAGAGAGGAUCAGACUUACUAGUCAGUGCUCCUCUUGAACAGUCUUCACCCAGUGAACGGGGGACAAUAUAUAAGUGCGCCACCUCCACCGCUUCAAGUUCUCGACUCUCCUGCAGCAAACUACCAGUUGCACUGCCAGAAUUUGCAGUCAACGCGUCCCUUGGUUUGACAAUGGCAGUAGAUCCCACACAAAACACUAUGGUAUGUGGUCCAACAAUACGAAAGGACUGCCAAAGUAUCACCUUGUACAACGGUGUCUGUGUUCAGAUAGACCGUUAUAAUCGUGUUGGAGGUCCUGUGCCUUCUUCUCUUGAAGGGUGCCGGGCUGAAGCAGACAUUGCAUUUCUGCUGGAUGGCUCCGGCAGCGUAGCAAGACCAGAUUUUGAAAGAAUGAAGGAAUUUGUGAAAGCUCUGGUCGGGUCAUUUGUGGGAAAAGACACAAAGUUUGCCAUUGCCCAGUUCUCCACGAGCCCCUACAUCCAUUAUUACUUUGAUACGUUUGAUAUUAAUAACUGGCAAUAUCAAAUUAAUGCAAUAAGACAGUUUAGUGGAUUGACUUACACAGCUGCUGCCAUCAGACAUGUUGUUGACAAUGUCUUCACAGCAGGAAGAGGUUCCAGGUCAAAUGUGAAGAAGGUUCUGAUAGUCAUUACAGACGGACAAUCUAAUGACCGGAGUAACUUACAAGACUCAGCAAAUUCAGCUGAGAGUAAAAAAAUUGUUCGAUUUGCUAUCGGGGUGGGGGAUGCAUUUACUGUAGCCGGUGCAAAAGCGGAACUGGAGACCAUUGCAUCUUCUCCCUCACAAGACCAUGUGUUUCAAGUGGAGAGCUUUCAAGCACUUGAAAAAAUAAGACAGAAUUUGCAGGAGAAAAUCUUCUCUAUCGAAGGAUCUCAAACAAGUGGAGCGACACUGAAAAUGGAAAUGUGUCAGGAGGGAUUCAGAGCAGCUUAUUUGCCUGGGGGAUUUCAGAUGAGUGUUGUUGGUGCCAACCAGUGGAAGGGAGGCUUCCUGCAAUACACCAGCACUGGCAUGAGAGGGAGGCCUUACGUGCCUGAUUAUAUGGAGACUGACACUUAUCUGGGUUACUCCAUGGCAGUUGCCAACACGAGGGAAGGCCCACUGACAAUUGUUGGUGGUCCGAGAUACAAACACAGAGGAGUUGUGAUAACAGUUGAGGCAAGAGGACAAGUCAAAAAGAUUGAUCCCCAUCCAUGGAAGUAUCAGAGCGGUGAAUACUUUGGGGCAGAGGUUUGUGCCAUGGAUGUUGAUCGUGACUCCUUCACUGACCUGGUCUUCAUAUCUGCCCCUAUGUUCGUGGACACUGACAGAGAGGGAAGAGUUUACGUUUGUGAAUUAUCUGGUUUGACUGUCGAUUGCCACUUAUAUUCUCCAUCAGUAUUAAGAGGGGCCGCAUCUGACAAAGGAAGAUUUGGCUCUUCUCUUGCCGUGCUGCCUGAUCUUAACAGGGAUGGUUUCAGUGAUUUGGCCGUUGGAGCUCCUUUGGAGAAUGACGGUCAAGGCAGCAUCUACAUAUUUCAUGGCGAAGGAGGAGGAAGAAUCAGUCUUUCUUAUUCACAGAGAAUUGCUGGCCCUGAAGUCAAGUCAGGGCUGAAGUUCUUCGGCAUGUCAAUCAGUCAGUCAUCUUUUGACCGUAGUGGGGACGGUUUGCCCGACUUAGCGGUGGGUUCAAAGGGCACAGUUGUCUUACUCAGAUCAAAGCCCAUAGUGAUGGUGGAAGCUAAGGUGUCAUUCAGCCCAAACCAAAUCUCGACUCAGAACUCAGACUGUGUAACACCUUUGGGGAUCAUAGCUAAAAUAUGCUUCACCAUAACCAGACACUCUGAAGUAGAACAAGCUCGAGCAAGGAUUAACUUUACUUUAACACUGGAUGCCACCUGGAAGGUCCCAAACAACCGAGCUUACAUCAGUGAGAAACAACGAGUGCAGACCGGAUCAACGGAUGUUAUCUUACGACAGCCUCCUCGGUGCGUUAAUGUGAACUUCUUUGUUGAGGCUUGUCCAGAAGAUGCUCUUAACCCACUCUCCAAUGAGCUCAAAUUCACAUUUGACGGUUUGCCCUCUGACACAAAUCUCAGACCAAGUCUCUCCCAGCAGGCUCAGACAACAACCAUUCAUCCUUUAGGGUUCGAAAUCAACUGCGGCACUGACAACAAAUGUGUAGACCAACUGAAAGUGGAUUUCAACUUUACCAGCUCCUCAAUUGUUAAAGUGGGCAUUGAUCAACUGUUGAAUGUCACCGUCUCAGUGGAGAACACCGGGGAGGACUCUUACAACAGCCGUGUCAUUGUGACAUACCCAUAUGGACUCUCCUAUAGGAAGUUUACAGCUGUGCAGGGAAGAAUCGAGUGCAGCUCCCUGGACAGUGAAGAUGGCUUGUCACGAGGGAAGACAGACUGCACUGUUGACAAGCCUAUUUUCAAAAGCAACACUAAGGCGAUCUUCAUCAUCUCCUAUGGGAUUGAAACCAAUAGUCAACUUGACAAGAGGAUUUCUGUCACUGCAAAUGCUACCAGUGGGAAUCUGGAGCACUCCAGCUCAAGCCAAUUCUACAAAAUGCAAGAGAUUGAUGUGAAGUACAGCAUUUUUGUUACAAUGCAAAGUUCCCUCAGCUACAUGAAUUUCGCAUAUGGACACAAUGAUUUGCAGAAACCAUUCAAACAAUCAAUUAUGGUUGUAAAUAAUAUCAGAGAACUGAAUUUAACUGUGGUGAUCAAGGUGCCAAUAAAGCUCGGUGCUAAAGACAUCUGGGCGGAUUCCAGCAGUUUGCAGUUUCCAGACUGCCAACCAGACAAAGAUGAGGGACCUCGUGUCACAGACUUUGUAGCUCAAAUAAAGAAAGAUAAGAUAGUGGGCUGCUCUGUUGCAACGUGCAAAGUGUUCAGGUGCACCAGGUUCAUGGGAAAACAGGAGACAAAAACUUACGAUAUCUCUGCCAACCUUAGCUCUGGAUGGAUAGAGCAGAUUGGACUUCAAUCUGCCAAAUUCAUCUUGACCAGCACUGCCAGUCUGGAGUACGACAACAACCAGUACUUGUACUUUUCAACAUCGUCUAAUAACAGCCCUCCUGUUCACAAGACUGAGGCAGAGGUGGAGGUGUAUCCUGAACCAGACUUUACUAAAGAGAUUGUUGGAGGAACCCUCGGAGGGUUGGCAUUACUGGCUCUGAUUACCGCAGGCCUGUAUAAGGCUGGAUUUUUCAAGAGUAAAUACAAGGAGAUGAUUCAAAAUAAUGCAGCAACAGAUCCAGGGGUUGACAGAGGUGAACCAGAACCAGAAGCAUAAAAUGAUGGCUGAUGCAGCUGACCACAAAGCAACACACCUGUUCCAUCACUGUGGUGCUGUUAUCUCUCUUAUCUUGUUCAUUGUUUCCUAACACAGAGGUUCUCAACCUUUUCCCAACAAGUGGUCACAAGUUAGGAAGUUAAAGUAAGUGAAUACAGCAUACAUCUUACAUCCUCAGCAUUGGGCAGAAAGUCUCGAUGCAUUUAUGGUGACCACUGGAAAGAACCACUUUUACUGUAUUUCUUUUUAUUAACUUAAGCUUUAAAAAAUGCAUUAUUUUUAUCCAAAGAUUUCAAACAGAUAGCCCAUUGUUGGGCUACAACAAAAUAUUCCUGAAUUUAUACUUUCGCAAAAUAUGUUUGCCAUUGCUAAAUCUUUUCGAAUUUGUUUUAUAGUGAAAAAAAACCCAGUAAGAUCUGGUGGUCACAUAUUGAAAUAUAAACCUGCUGAAAUACAAAACUGUGUGCUGAAUGCCUGCUCACUUUGAAAAAUAACUAUUUAAUCCAACCUUAAUUGACACUGUGAACUGCUUUACUUUGUGAAUAAAUUCUAAAAUGUGCA